GAAGCUAAGAUGUGGCCUCCAACGAGAAACAAUGGAGAAAGGACGCCAAUGACGAAUAAAUUGAUAGCAGUGGCAAUAGACAAGGAUAAACCAAGCCAAGGUGCUUUGAAAUGGGCCGUUGAUAAUCUUCUCAGCAGGGGACAGACUGUUGUUUUGAUUCAUGUCAAGGUUAAACUAUCCGCUUCAUCAUUCCCUUCAUCGCCAUCUCUCGCUAUACAAA